UCCCUCGGAGCUCACGAGUGGAGCGAGGGCGGGAAGACGGCCUCCGGGCCAGCCCUCAGAUCCUCAGAGGGCGCGGACCCGGAGGAGGCGCCCAGAAGGCGGCGCCUCUCGGAGGAAGUUUGCCUUUUAAUUUCGGAGCCCAGUUCUCCGACGCACCAACCGCCAGGAGCGAGCAGCGGGCACCGACGGGAGCUGUCAGUCCCUCCCGGGGUGCCAGUCGGGCAGCCGCCGCGCUCAGCAUCCGCCGGCACCGUCGCCAUGGGCGGCGCCGUCUCCAGCCAGCUGGACGAGGGCAAGUGCGCCUACAUCCGAGGGAAAACUGAGGCUGCUAUCAAAAACUUCAGUCCCUUCUACAGUCGCCAGUACUCUGUGGCUUUCUGCAAUCAUGUACGCAGUGAAGUGGAACAGCAAAGAGAUUUCACAUCACAGAUUUUGAAGACCAAGCCACCACUGGAGCCUGGAACUGUUUUGUAUGAAGCAGAGCUAUCCCAGUUUGCUGAAGAUAUAAAGAAAUGGAAGGAGAGAUACAUUGUAGUUAAAAAUGAUUUUGCUGUGGAGAGCUAUGAGAACAAAGAGGCCUAUCAGAGAGGAGCUGCUCCUAAAAGCCGAAUUCUUCCAGCUGGUGGCAAGGUAGUAACAUCAGAAGAAGAAUACAAUUUAUUAUCUGAUCGGCAUUUCCCAGACCCCAUUGCCUCCAAUGAGAAGGAGAACGCUCAGCCCUUCGUGGUCCUGCCAAAGGAUUUCCCGGUGUUCCUGUGGCAGCCAUUCCUCAGACAUGGCUACUUCUGCUUCGCUGAGGCCGCUGACCAGAAGAAGUUCAGCACCCUGCUGAGUGACUGCAUCAGGCAUCUAAACCACGAUUACAUAAAGCAGACGACAUUUGAAGCCCAAGCCUUUUUAGAAGCUGUGCAAUUCUUCCGACAGGAGAAAGGACACUAUGGCUCAUGGGAAAUGUUCACUGGCGAUGAAAUCCAGAUCUUGAGUAACCUGGUGAUGGAGGAGCUCCUGCCAACGCUUCAGACAGACCUUCUGCCUAAAAUGAAGGGGAAGAAGAACGACAGAAAGAGGGCCUGGUUCGCUCUCCUCGAGGAGGCCUACAACCUGGUUCAGCAUCAAGUUUCAGAAGGAUUAAGUGCCUUGAAGGAGGAAUGCAGAACUCUGACGAAAGGCUUGGAGGGAACCAUCCGUUCAGACAUGGAUCAGAUUGUGAAUUCAAAGAACUUUUUAAUUGGAAAGAUCAAAGCCAUGGUGGCCCAGCCGGCAGAGAGAAGCUGUGCAGAGAGUGUGCAACCAUUCCUGGCGUCCAUUCUGGAGGAGCUCAUGGGACCUGUGAGCUCAGGAUUCAGUGAAGUGCGCUCACUCUUUGAAAAAGAAGUGGAUGAACUUAGCCAGAACUUUCAGACCACCAAAAACAGUGCCCAGCUCAAGGAGAAUCUAGACCGGCUUAGGCAUCUUCCACUGGAUUCUGUGAAGAUGGAACCUUGUUACAGUAAAGUCAACCUGCUUCAGGAGCGCUUGCAGGAUCUCAAGAGCCGCUUCAGAUUCCCCCAUGUUGAUCUGGUGGUUCAGAGGACGCAGAACUACAUGCAAGAGCUAAUGGAGAAUGCAGUAUUCACUUUUGAGCAGUUACUUUCCCCGCAUCUCCAAGGAGAGGCCUCCAAAACUGCGGUCGCCAUUGAGAAGGUUAAGCUUCGAGUCUUAAAGCAAUAUGAUUAUGACAGCAGCACCAUCCGGAAGAAGAUAUUUCAAGAGGCACUGGUUCAAAUCACACUUCCCACCGUGCAGAAGGCACUGGCGUCCACAUGCAAACCAGAGCUUCAGAAAUAUGAGCAAUUCAUCUUUGCAGAUCACACCAAUAUGAUCCACGUUGGAAACGUCUAUGAGGAGAUUUUACAUCAGAUCCUCCUUGAUGAAACUCUGAAAGUGAUAAAGGAAGCUGCUAUCCUGAAGAAACACAACUUAUUUGAAGACAACAUGGCCUUGCCCAGUGAGAGCGUGUCCAGCUUAACUGAUCUAAAAACCCCCGUGGGGUCAAACCAGGCCAGCCCUGCCCGGAGAGCCUCGGCCAUUCUGCCAGGAGGUCCAGAUAGUGAGACACCAAGUAAUGAAGUGUUCCAGGAGUCAGGGGAAAAGAAGCAGCCAGAAGUCCCUGGUCUAUUGGCCAAAGAAGAAAGCCCCUCUUUGCCUGUGCCCAGUCCUCCCCCAAGUGGGGACCAGCAGGUCAUUGUUUCAAGCCUGGAUGACCCUGCGGUGAAUCUUGUGGCUGCAGAGGACACAGCAGGAGCCCUGGGCACACAUUCAUCGGGACUGGAGUUUGGAGGGACUCCUGAGGACAAAGAAACCACCCAUGAAAAGCCAGAAUCCACCCCUGCCUCAUGCUCCUUAAAGGAGCUCAGGAAUUUGUUGACCGUGACCGUUGAAGUCCCAGUGGAGUCUGCCGCCCUCGUGACUGAAAAGGAUACAAAUCAAGAGACUCUUGUUCCCCAAGAAAUCGGAAAAGAGGGAGAAACAACUCAAACCUACACAGAAGCCAAUCAAGCAGCUGCCUCCAGUCAGAACAGCUGUGAGGAAAGUGAAGUCACGGGGAGGGAGGCCCAGGCUCCCCCUCCAGAGGCCGAGGCCGGUGGCGUGGAGUUGCAGGGAUUUCCAGAGGCUCAGCCAGCCUGCGGGGGCCUCAGCGAGGGUGCCAGCAGCCUUGGCCCCACAGAGGAGCCAACAGAGGCCGGGGAGCCCACUCAGACGGAGCUCCCAGAGACAGCUUCCAGACUGGACGCCCACGAAGGAGGAGGGACCACGUGCGCUGGGGAUGGGGAGGCUGAACCCCAAGGAGAUUGCAUUUUCAGUUCUGAUCCCAUCAGCCCCAGUGCGAGCCGUCUGUCCACGGAAGAAGAAGCAGUGGGAGAGGAAAGCAGCAUGCCCCAGGCUCCUGCCAGCGUGGAUGCAGUGGAGGUGAAGCCUGCCCAUGUUCAUGAGUGUCAGUGGGUGGUCGAGAAUCCUCCAAACGUCGAUGUCCCAGAUUCAGAGAAAGAGGAUGUGAACGAGAGUACCCCAGAGCAGCCUUCCGAGGAGUGAAACAACUUGGCAAAAGUAUCUUAUUAAACAAACUCAGCCAAAGCGUUAUAGUCAUAUGUACACUUAGGGGUUGCAUGCAGUGUUACCAAAAAAAUUUUAUUAAGGACUUCCUUAAUUUGUAUAAUGAAACCAAAGGAAACACACACAGGGCAAACCUUUGUGGAACUGAGCUGUUCUACCGUGAAUUAUUGCUUUAGCAUUUUAAUAGGAAUUACAAAGGUAAUGGAGUGGGGUGAGAGGCAGCCGAGGGUGUCCAAGGGACGCAGUGGUGUUGCAGUGGAGACUGAGAAAACAGUAGGACCAUGGUUUUCAAUACACUCUGCAUAUUUGCUUCUGAUGCACUUGAAGGCUUUUAAAUUUUUGUAAGAAUGCAAAUAUAUACUGUAGAUCCAGCUUCACCAUCUACUAUACCAACUUCGCUGUCUCUUAAGGACUCAGCAUUCAUCCACAGCCAGGCUGCAAGGAAGGGUGGGGGUGAACACCAGUGCCCCCUGCUAUGUGCAGCCCCAAAGAGCCUGAGAGGUCUCAGGGGAAGUUGAGUGAAAAUGGAGGAAGGUCGUUGUCUGUGGGACUGUCUGGGCCUGUUCCUAACUCUGCUAUCAAUUUCUUUUUAAUUAAUCUUGUUGAUUCUUAUUAAUUAAUCACCUUUUGGGGCAAUUCAGAUGAGGCAAGAAAAUUGCCUUGGCAUGUUUAAGCUUGAAAGCCUUCCAAAUUAGCCUCAGACUGCGCAGAGAAAGAGCCCAGCUAAAUUAUGGAGCGCAAAGCCUUCCAAUUAAAUAAACAUUAUUUGAACAGCUACUCUAUGCCACAUGCUGUGUUAGGCAUAGUAACAAAAAAAAAAGCAAAGAUAAGGUGCUUUGUCUAGUAUAAAUUAAAAGGCCCAAGGGAAUUUAAUCUAGAAGGAAAAAAUAGGCCAAUUUUCAAACCAUGACAGCUUUCCGUCUUUCCAUUGAAACAGUCCCGGUUCAUUCCCAGAAGGGAAUAAAGUUAAAUAAAUGAGUUAAUAAGAAAGAAAGGAAGGAAGGGAGAAAGAAAGAGACGGAGAGACCGAGAAGCCAAGAUAUAUAGCAUUAAGUUCCAAAGAUGUUACCAAAAGUGGAAAUUAUUUGUUCAGUUUUUCAGCAAGUUAAUUGGGUCCCUGUUAUGUCCCGGGCGCUGGGAUACUGUGGUGAAAAAGACUCUGUUCCCUUCUCCCCAAACUUAACGCUUAAAUGGAAAUAGACAGAAAUAUAUCUUCUAAAUGGAUUGUGAUCUCUAACUGUUAAUGUUUAAGGAGGAAUGGACUUAGUUGCAAAAGAUUAAAAAGAUGUGUUCUCUUGUCCCUUAGAAAAAUACCAGAUUAUUUUCUAAAAGCUUCCAGGUAUUACGUCAUGAAAUUUCCUUCCACAAAUUUUAAUGUUAGAUCCCAACAAACUGUCCUAACAAUAUAUUUUGGUCAUCAUCAGCAAAUAAGUUUAUAUCGGUUUUUUAGAGAAUUUGUCUCACAGUUUAACCAUUUAGCCAGGAAUUAAAUAUCUCCCUUUCCACCUCCCCAUAAAGAAUUUCUUGGAUUUCUAGGUCAUAAAGGAUGAAAAAAUAAUCAGGAUCAGUCUACUCUAAUGUUGAAUUUUUUUAACUUUUCUUCACAUGUUUAGAUCCUCACGUCUACAAAGAAUCUCCUUAUAGAUGAAGGAAGUAGUGGCCACUCCUGGUCUGUGAAGUACCCAGUGCUCAUUCAUCUCCUUGCAUUUAGCGUGGAAUAUUGAAAUUCUGUUUACUUCCUGUCUCUCCCAGGGUCAAGUCUCUUCAAGGACAGCUACUAGGGUUUAGUCAUCAUAUGUGUUUCCUGCUAGAAACACACAGCCUUGAAUAAUGGCUCCCUGCCUCUUCAAGUCACUUUAAUAUCCUAGUGCCUCACAAGGACCCGGCCUGUGUCGCUGCUCAGGAAAUGUGAGAACGGAACACCCGCCACACCGCUGUGCUGGGGCUAUUUGGGGCUUGUUGUCAGGCAGGGAGAUGUUUUUAAUUGGGCUUUCUGUCCUUGGGGAGUCUUCCCUUAAAUAAAGUCCAAAGUCCAAGCGGCAGAUGGCCAGAUGGUUGGAUGCACUGCCAAGUAAGGCCAGGAGCCACAGGAGCAGUGCCGGGCCGGGGCAAAGCCUGACCUUCUCACCAGGAGAAUUGCGGUGAGGGACGAGGUCCCAGCCCAGGCGGAGCCCACGCAGCUUCCCAGCUUCCUCCCUUUGCUCACCUCUGGGCUUCUUGAACCCUUGGAAAGCUAGGAGACUUUUCCAACCAUAAGAGAGAGAGAACGUUUCACUGCGUUGGAUGAAUGAACAUCAGUGCCCUCCUUUUACCCAUCCUGUAGGCCGGAGGGGACCAGGCACUAAGUGGAAGGACGUACUGGAGAACACAAAGAAUUCUUCUGUACGUAUUUCACCAAAGGCAAGAUCACUAGACUAAGGAGAAUGAUUGCUCCAUUUGAAGAUGGAACAGGAAACUGAAGUGCAUUAAAAACAGUCCUUAUUCGUUUUAGCAUGCUGACAGAAAUAACUGCAUAUUGCUAUGAGUUCGUCUUGCUUUUGAUACAGGCUCGUAUGUGUUGCUUCAGUAGUUUCCAGGUUGGAGAAAGGUUAUCGUGAUUUAAAUAAACAGCAUGAAAAGCUGCUGCAUGCUGCUCUGGGGAUCUCUUCUAUGGGCAAAUCCAUUAGAAAUGCGUAAAACCUCAAGACGUGAUUUGUGGCAAAAAUUCCAUGACCUUAAAUGAGUUAUGUUACUAUUGACCUUUCACAGAGAAAAAACAUUUUCCUUGAAAAAAAUUAGUUUGUCAUUUUUUCCUUUGCAGCAUAGAGCAGUGCCUUGCAUAGUGCAGAGUAAACUCUAUUUUCAAAAAAAGUAUUUUGGAGACCACAAGGAUAAGAUUCCAGUUGGUCCAAAAGCUUUAUAAAGAGGCUGAGCUUGAGGAACAGGUGUUUAGGCCCCAUCUUCUAUAUUUUAGUACAGAGUUUCUCAAAUCUGGUUCUAUAACCCUCCAGAUUGGAGCCAGUGAUAUCAAAAGGUUUCACAAGUCUCCCAGACAAGUGAUUUUAUUUCUUUAUAAAAAGUGCUAAAUGAUAGAUGCUACCUAGCAAUUUUAAUAGGGGGAAGGGAAGGACAUAAAUGACUACAACAGUCAUACAGCUUCACUAGGUAAAAAGUUGGCUACAUAUGCCUUCUUACUUUGCUAUAAACAAAUGGGUUCGACGAUCUGCCUUCUGAAAUCUACAACUUCAAGAAAUAAAAAUCUACACUGUGGAUUGAUUUUUCUGGUCACUAUAUAAAGCAAAUAAACUUAAAACACUUUGUAACCACAUAUUUACUCUGCAGAGUGCCUAUAUUCCAAUAAAAUGUUCUUCUUUGAA